AGUAGAGCCUGUGAACAUAUUCAGCACAGCCCAUUAUUGUUUUCAGCCCCUCAAUGCCUAGGAUAUAACAAUGAACAUGGUUUUGCUACUAAUGAAAUAUGCUUCCCAUCUAAAGACACCAUCUUGCAACAAUUAAAGAGAGUGGUGAAAGCAGUGAAAGCUCGUUCAGUGUUUGUAGCAUCAGAUAAUGACCAUAUGAUCAAUGCUAUUAAUGAAGCAUUAAAGUAUUUAAAGGUCAAAGCUUUUAAACAAGACAAUGAUGAUCCACAUGUUGAUUUAGCCAUUUUGGGACAAUCAAAUCAUUUUAUUGGAAAUUGUAUUUCAUCAUUUUCUGCUUUUGCCAAGAGGGAGAGAGAUGUUAACAGUUUGCCAUCUUCAUUCUGGGCUUUUCCAGUUGACACAAAGAAAGUGUCACCAGGAACAAUUCAUGAUGAAUUUUAACUUAUCACUUUUUUAUAAAAACUGAAUGGCUGACAUGUUAAUGAGCAAAUAACACUGAAACCAAGUGUAAGUAACCAAUUAGAGGAGGGAAUUUUAUUCCUUUUCGUCAGGAUAGUCUAGAGUCCUGGCAUAUGUGGGUGGCGGUUCUUGAGGCAGAAAAAGACAAGAGUUUACAAAAAUGUUUAUUGGGUCAUUAUAUGCUUACAUUCUAUAGGUCUGUCCGAAAGAUUUGGAGUUCAUAUCUUUGUCGGACUUUUGUCUUCUUAGGGUAUGCCCGAGGUCAGUAAUGAGUUGAGGUUUGGAGACUUAGACAUGUACACAGGUUGGCAGAAAGUCAAUUUCUGAUCAACAAUGAAAUAGGAAUUCUCAGCUCAAA